CAUGGAAUUUAUGUGUACUGCACACCCACCCAAGUUGCUUAUGCCAAGAUAAUUAGUCCAUGAUCCCAGUAAAAAAGAAGAUAAUUACUCUAUCUUAUGAUAAGUGAAAAUUAAUCAAUGUAUAAAUAUAAGCUCCCACACUAAGAUUCCUUUAAUGCUAUAUACAAAAAUGACUCCAACAAUUCAGCCCCUGGCAACCUUAUUAUUAGCUUUAUCCGCUUCUUUUAUUUGGAUCGUUGACGCGGAAACAGAUCAGCUUACUGAACUAAAGCUUAAUUCUCAUAUCCUUCAGGAGUCUAUUGCUAAACAAAUUAACCAAAAUUCAGGGGCAGGAUGGAAAGCUGCUAUUAAUCCUCGUUUCUCCAAUUUUACGGUUGGACAAUUCAUGCGCCUUCUUGGAGUCAAACAAACACCUGGGAAUGAACUGAUAAGUAUACCUGUUGUAACUCAUUCAAAAUCAUUAAAAUUGCCAAAGAAUUUUGAUGCAAGGACAGCUUGGUCGCAGUGUAGCACUAUUGGAAGAAUUCUUGAUCAGGGUCACUGUGGGUCUUGUUGGGCAUUUGGUGCCGUUGAAUCAUUAUCAGAUCGUUUUUGUAUUCAUUUAGACGUGAAUGUUUCCCUCUCUGUUAAUGACAUGGUUGCCUGCUGUGGCUUACUUUGUGGGGCUGGCUGUGGUGGGGGGGAACUCUUUGCUGCAUGGCUAUACUUGACUCACCAUGGUGUUGUCACUGAAGAAUGUGAUCCAUACUUUGAUGAAAUUGGAUGUUCCCAUCCUGGUUGUGAACCAACAUAUCGAACUCCCAAGUGUGUUAAAAAGUGUGUAAAUGAGAACCUGCUUUGGGAGGAAUCAAAGCACUUCAGUGUCAAAGCAUAUACGCUAAACUCUGAUCCGCAAGAUAUUAUGGCAGAAGUUUAUAAGAACGGGCCAGUUGAAGUUUCAUUCACUGUUUAUGAGGAUUUCGCUCACUACAAAUCAGGAGUUUAUAAACACAUCACAGGUUACGAACUAGGCGGUCAUGCAGUAAAACUGAUUGGAUGGGGAACAAGUGAUGAUGGGGAGGACUAUUGGCUUCUUGCAAAUCAGUGGAAUAGAAAUUGGGGAGAUGAUGGUUACUUCAAAAUCAAGAGAGGGACAAACGAAUGUGGGAUUGAAGGUCAUGUUACAGCUGGUUUGCCUUCUACCAAAAAUCUUGUAAUAGAAGAGGUGACUGACAUGGGUGCUGAUUUUUCAUCAUGAAUGUAAAUAUAGUAUUACCUUAACAGUUAGAUUUUGUGUUGGCAAUAUAUCAAUCCAAAUACUGAGAUGUAAAUAUCUUUAUUUUAUCAAUGCACGUAACUUGGCUAUUUGCGUCUA